UUCCAUCCCAUUUUAACAACCUUAGCUUAAAAAAGUAAGAAAGAUGAGCAAAGGAAAACACUAUAACUUUCUCUUAUUGCUAUCCCUCUAUCUUUGCCUUGUUUGUAACAUACUAAUACUGACUCCAACUAAUGCUAGUGAUCAAGUAACAAACUUGUACAAAUUGCUAAAGUCUAAGAGAUCAAAAAACCCUUCUCUUGCUGCCUCUUGGGUGACAUUGCCAGCUCAAAUUAAGGAAAGUAGAGUUCAUAUUCAACCUCAAGAUGGGCUCAUGGAGGCUGAUAAGAUCACCUCCUUGCCCGGUCAGCCUGACGGGGUGGAUUUCGAUCAUUAUUCCGGUUACGUGACCGUUGAUCCAGCCGUCGAGAAGGCACUGUUCUAUUACUUUGCUGAAUCUCCUACCAACUCUUCUUCUAAACCUUUGGUUUUAUGGCUUAAUGGAGGACCCGGAUGCUCCUCAUUUGGCAAUGGAGGACUACUAGAAUUAGGACCAUUCAGGGUCAAGAGCGACGGGAAAACACUUAUCAGAAAUCCUUACGCUUGGAAUAACGUGGCAAAUGUGAUGUUCUUGGAAUCACCAGCUGGAGUGGGAUUCUCGUAUGGAAAUGUAACAAUCAUUGAUAAACAAACAGGGGAUAUAAGCACAGCUAAAGAUGCAUAUACAUUCCUAGCCAAUUGGUUUGAGAGGUUCCCUCAUUAUAAACACCGCGAUUUCUACUUAACAGGAGAGAGUUAUGCUGGUCAUUAUGUGCCUCAACUUGCUUACACAAUCAUGCAUAAUAACAACAACACAAACCACACUUUUAUCAACCUCAAAGGCAUAGCGAUAGGCAAUGCUUGGAUAGAUGAUGCUACAAAUACACAAGGGUUGUAUGAUUAUUUAUGGAACCAUGCUACACAUUCAGAUGAAACACAUGCCAAAAUCAAUAAGUUCUGCAAUUUUUCCGAGACAAUUCCUUCCAAAGAAUGCGAUCAGUAUUGUAACAAAGCUUGGGAAGAAGCAGGGAACAUUGACAUUUACAACAUCUAUGCACCAGUCUGCCUUAAAUCUGGAAAUUCCAAAGCUCACAUCCUUCAUUCAGUCGAGGUUUUUGAUCCUUGUUCUUCUACCUAUGUGGAUACUUAUCUAAAUACUAAACAAGUGCAACAAGCUCUCCAUGUCAAACCCACAAAAUGGAUAUCCUGCAGUGGAUUUGCUUGGCAAGAUACUCCAUCAACUGUUUUACCAGUUAUUCAGAAGCUCAUGGAAAGCAACAUUAGUGUGUGGCUUUACAGUGGAGAUGUUGAUGGACGUGUGCCAGUAACAUCAACAAAGUACUCCUUAAACACCCUCAAGCUUCCAAUUAAAACCGAUUGGCGUCCAUGGUACGACACAGACAAUCAGGUUGGAGGGUACGUAGUGGGUUACGAAGGGCUGGUGUUUGUGACAGUAAGAGGGGCUGGGCAUCUAGUUCCAAGUUAUCAACCUCAAAGAGCUUUAACCAUCAUCUCAUCGUUUCUCCAGGGAACUCUGCCUCCUCCUAAGUCAUCUUAGACUUCUUCUUUUUCUGACAUUAUACCCAAAUUUGUACUCUAUUAUUAACGUGCCAAAUUGUAUGUCAAGAACAUUAAGGAAUAUGCUCUCAUGCAAACGUCCCUUUAUAAGAUUAAUUCCAUCUCUUUUUCGCGGUCAUCAACAAACUCAUUAGGAUAGGAUGAUCUAUAAAAUUUGAAUUAUGGGUGUGUUAUAUUCA